GACUGCUAGGCGCAAUGAAAAACAUUCUCCUUGACUAUGACAACCAGGAGAAUCAAUUCUUGGCUGCGUGCGUGAAUGCUUGCUUAACUUUUGAAGGGCAGCAGCGCAAAGAAAAGAAUAGAGAAGAACAUGCAGAUGAAGAGCAAGAGGGUCCGGGGCAACAAGGUCCACAAGGACCAUGGAAUGCAGCCACUGCGAAAACCAUCAUGGCAGUGAAAAAGCAGUUGUCAUAUGAGCUGUGCCAAGAUAAGCUCCUACAUUUUAUGUCGGAAUGGUGUGACACACCCAAGGAAGUGGAAGCUUCGUGUUGCUACGAAGACUGCGCGGUGAAAUACGAUGAUGAGCUCCUACCUGCUCGACAAAUUCAGCGUGAGCAGCUUGUGAACUGCUAUUUGAGAAUCCCUCAUUCCAUCAAGCAAACAGUGCCUGCCGACAUUGUGGAAAGGUUCUCGCAGAAAAAGCCUGAAGUCAAGACAGAAAAUUCUGAAGAUCACAUUCUCAUCCGCAAGGUGAACUACCAAUACCCUGGCCCUUGCACUAUCCGAACUCGCAAACAAGUGGUAGGAAACUUCCUCUUACAUUCCGAAAAUGGUGGCAGCCCACAUUGCGUUGCUGUGAAGCAGGACGAGGAAGACAAGCUGAUUGUUUUUGACACAGAUGGUGUCUUCCACUUAGCAGUAGCUGACUUCGAGACAGCGUUGUUAGGUGGUGUGGAUGCUGCCACGUGUGUUAUUUUCAAACUUCAGGACGGCAAAAAGGAUACAGAUGUGGGUAUGUCCGAUUUUGAGAACCUCCUGGACUUAGCAGCAGGGAGUUCUGAAUCAAAUGAAGAAUGCACUACAGACGAUGCUCAGGACACAGCAUUACUGCCAGAGGUGUCCGAAAAGAAGGGAAGCUUUGAUUGGCUAGAUGACACUGGACGUGUGAUCACCGACCAGUGCGGGGAAGAAGCGGUGCAGUGCUUUGCCUGGAGCCAUCUUGUGGAGAAGGCGCAGACCACAUCAAAGCGUGUCUUCAAAAAAGCAUUUCAGCGCCUGGACUUUUGCAAGUGA